AAGCAGACACAGCAUGUGUGACUUUGAAAACUUGAACGGAAAUGAAACGGGAAGUCAGAUCCUUUCACAGUUUGUUGAUUUGUAAAGACAAACUCAGUCUGUGAGGACUCGUUUUCUGUCCCCAGUACAAGAAGCCAGCGGAGAUAGAUCCAGCUGAGAAGACACUGGAGAGGAGAUGCAGAGGCGACAUGACAGGAAUUCGAGUAAAAGUGGAGACCAGUUCACUGAGCAAGAAAAGAGAAGCAGAAUUAACCACUCAAAGAGAAGUGCUGGAAGUCAUGAGGUGCAGUCCUGGACAAGAGCUACCAAGCAGUCCUUGUGUCUCGUGUGGCAAAAAGUGAAACUACAGCUAAUGCUAAGCAUGUCUUUCCUCGUUGCUGUCUUUUGGUAUUGCAGAAGGCUGUACAGCUUUUUAGCACAGCUAUUGAAACGGUGGAGCAGCUACCUUCAAAGAAAACUCAUAAAGAAUCACAGCGUGUUGGAAGAAGUUGAUCUUCUUGCUUAUAGUGCAAGAAAAUGGAGAGAAGAAACAAAGCAGGCCAAACACAUGAAGGAGGCAUACAGUGAAUUAUUUCAGAACUAUCAUAUCAAAUAUCUGCGAGAAGUCAGGAAGGACAACUAUUGCGUCCUAAGAGCUGUGCUUUUUCAGAUAUUCAGCCAAGGCAUUCCUUUUCCAUCGUGGAUGAGGGAGAGAGACAUACUAAAGCUUCCUGAAAAGCUUCUGUAUUCCCAAGGUUGCAACUGGAUUCAGCAAUACAGUUUUGGGCCAGAAAGUUACACAGGUCCUAAUGCCUUUGGAAAAUUACGCAAAUGUAUGGAAACAUUAAAGACAAAUUGGGCUGAAAUAAGUGGUACUAAAGAUCACGAAGAAAGAAGAAACAUGUGUAACGCACUCUUCUCUGACGAGAGCAAGGAACACAAGCUAUAUGAGGCUAUAAAAUUUAUCAUGCUUUACGAAGUUGUUGAAGCCUACGAGCAGAUAAAGAACAGGGGUGAACCUGUACCCUACCUUUUUCGCCUCCUCUUUGCUCGGGAUACUUCAUCUGACCCUUUGAGUUUCAUGAUGAAUCAUCUGAAUGCUAUAGGUGACUCCGGUUGCCUAGACCAGGUUGAACUGUUUCUUCUUGGAUACCUGCUUGAAGUAAAGAUCAAAGUUUACAGACUGCAUAGAUUUAAUACUGAAAAAUUUCAAGUAAACUGUCCAAAUGAAUACCGAAGGGAAUGGAAUGAGAUUUCUCUCCUGACUGAGGAUGACCACUACUAUCAUAUCCCAGUUAUCAGAAUGUGAAGCACAAAUAACUUUUUUUUAACCUUUGUAUAAUGUAGUGAGUAACCAGUUCCAGUGAAUUAGGUUUCUAAUUGGCAGCAGAAAUGCAUGUUGAUGAUUACAAAAUGAUUUAUGGGUUUAUUGUGUAAAUACUUUGCUUUCCCAUUGCAGUUCAAUUUGUUGCCACUCAGCCAUAAAUAGCAAAAUAUAUUGCUAUGCUGUUUGGGGGAAAAUGUUACUUGAGGAUUAUCAAAAAAUAAAAGAUUAGACAGCAUGACAAAGGGAAAAGUAAUGCUGCUUUUCCAUUCCUAGGCUGAUGACUUACUCUGACACAUCUGGGUGGGUUAAACUUUAGUUCCUAAAGCAAUUUCUGCCUUUCUCUUCUAUGUCUUGAGGUAGAGUGAAUGAACUAUGGAGGAAACAACUCCUGGCAUCCCACAGUUGUGGUGUCCUCUGGGACACUAAAGUUAAAAGGAUUUGAGGCUAUCUGGCAUACAAGUACGUAAACCGAGGCCACUACACAACUCUUUCAAAUCCCAUCCAGUUUCUCCUGGUGUUUCACGGUCUCCCUCCAGAAAGAGCAAGCACCUGCAGAUUACAGUUACUUCAGACUCUUGAAAUCAGGCUGAUCAGUGUUAGAUCUACUUUAUAACUGAGGAAAGUUAAGGUCUUGAUGGUUGAAGAAGUCUGUCUGGAACAACUAAACGAGAUGUGCUUUAUUAUAUGCUAGGCUUUGCCUGGUUCUAUUUUCUAAAAGACUCAACUCUCUUUAGAUAAUUUCUAAAAUGAGAGCUCCUAAAUUGAACAAAUGCUAAAAUGAUACAGCAGAUGUUGCAAGAUGUGUGUGAAAAACAUACAAUCCUAUAGGCAUAGGUUAUAUUUUAAAAAGUGGAGUUUUCAAGAAACAAAGCCUUUCCUUGUUUUAUCCUGGUGGUACAGAAGUAGGCAGGUUUGGUUUUAACUCCUGCAGGACAAGGAACAAAAGCAUGAGCUGGGCCUGCAGGAGCUAAAGCAGUUGUAUGUAGUAACUAAAUGAUAAUGCUGGACUGCUCUCUUCCUUUCUGUAAUGGAAAACAAUUUCAUCCUUUUAGUCCUAUUUUUAUGUAUAUAUAAUUUAUAAACACAAACACCUGCAUGCUGUAUUAUAUAGCAAGUUUGUUUCUUGGCAGUUUUUCUGGGUUCAGUUUUGUUCAAUAAUCUGUAGCUUUUAAUGAAAAAGACUUGAUACAUAUAGCUUAAUCUUUUCAAAGCCUACAUACUGAAUAUUUAUUUUAAAAACAAACAAAAAACCCACAAACUUUGUUCACUGGAUGAAGUAAUUUUCCCUCUUUAGUUUUGAUUCUGUUCCAUGUAAGGAAAUGCUGUAAUGGCUCAGCGUUAGGUAUUGUCUGUUUUGCAUCAGUGGUAUAUGCAACACUUGCACUUGUCAAUAGAGUUGUCUAUAUUUUAUUCUUGUUUUGGUACAAGCAGACAUACCACAAAAUAAUGUAUUUUUAUAGAGAGCUUUUUAAUGGUUUGUGUAUUAUUUAUGAAUAGCAAUGCACAAGCAUUACAGCGGGAAGUGUUACAUUGAUAAAAUGUAUGUUUAUUGUAAUCUUGAGCAUACUAAUAGAAGGAAAUUAAUAAAGAUAAAUGAAAAAAGAUAUAGCAGUGACAUAUCACUAAAAUAAGAUGAUUGCGUGUUUACAUCUGAUUUAGGUCGCUUAGGCUCCCUGCCUGAUCAGUGAAGGGCAAUGGUGGAAGAGUUAAUGGCAAUUAAUUAGAGGAGUUUCUACAAGUGUGUGGUUCUUCUCAUUGACUGUAAAGAAGGAGAAACUUCUGGUGAGGAUAACUGCAAGUUCUAUACUUGAAUUUGGAGUGCUCUACACAGGAUCUUAAGCAACACUGAGACAGGUUUGGAGCUGCACUGAUUGUAAAUGGGUUUUCUGAUAAUACAUUUCAGUUAUGUACAAAACGUGUGUAAAAUAUAUCCAUAUAUAGGAGGAAAAAAACCCCAAACGUCCUGAAUAAGCCACAUUAGAACUAUUUAGUACUGGGGAAAGGACAGGUGCUACAGCAUCUUUUCAUAACAGUGGUUACAGACAAAGUUUGUUGCAGGAAUCCAGAAACCUGGACAUGUGCUAGAGAGCUCUGCUGGUGUCAGAUCAUUGCUCUUAUCUUUCUAACCUGUGAAUUUUUGGCUACUGCCUUUUUGUUCUUGAACUGUGGAAGGCUGACUUUUUAAGCUUACUAUCCUCUUACAACUUUGUAAUUUGUAGAAAUGAGAUUUGAGUAUGAAAACCACUCAAUGCAGCAUACAGGUGUUUCAGUUCCUUUUUGUAUGACAUGUUGUGUGUAACUUUUGUCCUAUCUAGUGAUAAUUGGAAUAAAUGAACUUGUAUUGUAGGUCCAAACCCUGGAGUUGUGAAAUGUUUAAAAGGUACAUAAACAAUAAGCUCAGGUCAGGGUGAUUCAGAAUCUGUGUAAAGUUUGUGAAACAAUUAGAUCAUUAACAUAAAUUAUCAGGGUCAACCAAAACAAGCUACUUCCUGUGUGUGGGCUGCCUGCCUAUUCAGGAGAUCAGAAGGUUUCCCAGUGUAGUAUCCAGGUCAAGUAUAUUUGCAGGUCUUAUUCUUCUGCCUAAACCAGACACAUCAGUAGAUCAUGCCUGCUAUCAUCUAAUCGUCUCUCAGCCACCCUUUUGAAGCAGAAGACUCCUCUGCUGUGAAUGUUCUCCUGAGCUAUGCAAAUAUGCAAAGACUUCAUCUCCUCCACAAGGCAUGUGUGCACACAUGGCCAUCAUUUACAGUACAGCAGCAAGGAUAUACAGCCAGAAAACAACAGCUACUGUCAAAAUUUUGAAUGAGACAUUAUGAAACCACAAGCUCUUGUUUAAAUUAGCUGUGAAAAGCCCACCUAUUCAGGAGUAUGGCACAUCAAGUUGGGCCAAAGGCCUGUCUUCAGUGUCACUAAAGGUAUACUCAGUAAUGUUGCUGAAUGUUCCAGAUUAGUUUUGAUUAUAUUUUUAUUAUGUAAAUAAGGAGAAAUGGAGGAGUUCAACUCUAGAUGUUGAGCAUACUCAAGAUAAAGGUUCUUCUCAUCUGCUGUGGGCAUAAGCUGCGGCUGCUGCUUUCUGCACUAUUUGGAAUUGAGGUAUUCCUUACAAUACGUCCAACUUUUUGGCUUGCCUGGGCCAUAGAUUAAAAUAUAUAAUAUAGUUAAUGUAUAUAACAACAUUGUUAAUGUGUAUUAAAAUGAGAAGAGAACACCAAAAGGACUAGUGGAAUACUUGACAUUGAUCAAAAGAUGUGUUUUCAUAGGCACAUACACGUAUAAGUGGGUUGAAAUAUUAUAAAUGGUAAUCAUUGUUUUUCAUCAAUUGGCAUGAGCGUAACGUGCAAUACAUGUGGGUUUUGCUUCUGAGUGUGUUUUGGGUGCAAGAAGUAGUUGGCACUGCAUGCCACUGCAGCAGCAAAAUGACAUGGCCAGAAAAGGGGUGUGGAGAUGAGUGAACUUCGAGGCCAUUCAAUCCAGGGCAAAAAUUCUCCAUGUGAUCUCACCUGUCCUCUAUGGUAGGCCUCUCAAUCUUCCUAAUGGGAAAGAGCUCUGGAGCUUUAAAAUAGCGUGUUGACUCUUUGAAAGGUAGAAAAAUGAAAUGGCAUUGAGCAGUAGUCAGAAAGUUCAGCUUUUAGCAGGUUCUCAUCCUGCAGAGAAUUUUGUCGAAGUCAUGCUAUUAGCCAGUUUUGCUUUGUUUACUCCUUUUCUUUCAUAUACACACACACCUGACACCUGCUGUUAGGUGGCUCAUGCAGAUUGACUUCACAGCUUCACAGCUUCCCCUGCUAUUUUACUCUCAAGAAUUAGUGGAGUGAACCAUGCUACCAAGGACAAUUACCCUGACCUGUAUCAGGGUGACAGUGAACAAAAUACAUAACUCAGCUUCACAACGAAUUGAUUCUGAGUCAAAGCAAAGGAAGCGGCUGAAAGACUGCUCAGAAACAAAAGCAUAGGAGAAACAAACUUAAAAAAAAAAAAAGCAAAGC